GACCUGGUGGUGCCCGGAUGCGUGUCUCCCGCUGGAAGAUGAAGGUGCUGGUGGCUGCUGCAGCGCUGCUCGUGACCGCGUUCAGCCUCCUCCUGCUGCCCGGGGCCUCGCAGGCCGAGGAGAGGAAGAAAGGCCCGAAAGUCACCGUCAAGGUGUAUUUUGACGUUAAGAUUGGGGAUGAGGAUGCCGGCCGUAUAGUGAUUGGGCUUUUUGGAAAAACUGUUCCAAAGACAGUUGAAAACUUCGUUGCUCUAGCUACAGGGGAGAAAGGAUUUGGAUACAAAAACAGCAAAUUUCACCGGGUUAUCAAAGACUUUAUGAUCCAGGGAGGAGACUUCACCCGUGGGGAUGGCACUGGUGGGAAGAGUAUCUAUGGUGACCGCUUUCCCGAUGAAAACUUCAAGCUGAAACACUAUGGUAAAGGCUGGGUCAGCAUGGCCAAUGCUGGCAAAGAUACCAAUGGCUCCCAGUUCUUCAUCACCACUGCCAAGACAAGUUGGCUCGAUGGGAAACAUGUGGUCUUUGGAAAACUGCUUGAAGGAAAGGAUGUUGUUGACAAAAUUGAGCAAUUAAAGACAAACGACCGAGACAAACCACUACAGGACGUCGUCAUUGCAGAUUGUGGCAAGAUUGAGGUGGAGAAACCCUUUGCUGUUGCCAAAGAGUGAGUUGCAGCCACUUGGCUUACAGCUGGGAACAUCCUAUUAUCCUGAUCCUGGGCUUCCAGGCUGUGUAGAUAUCCAAACAUUCCAGACUCUCUGGUUCUUCUUGGGUUUGUAAAAAGUACACAGCAUUAAUAAACAUGGUUGGUUUUCUA